AUGCCCCUCACCAAAGGCCCCGCCUCCUUCCCCCAAUGUGGGGGAAAGGUCGACGGCUACAGCUGGGGUAAGACGAGGGCUGACUCGCCGAGAUGGAGGUCGGCACCGUAGCUGAGGAUGAGGUUGAGACGACGGCGGCUCACAUCAGCCCCUGGAAGAACUUCCUGGCCGGAGGCUUCGGCGGCGUGUGUGUGGUGUUAGUGGGCCACCCACUGGACACGGUGAAGGUAAGGCUACAGACUCAGCCGACGAGCCAGCUGGGACAAGCUCCCCUCUACUCUGGGACCUUUGACUGUUUCAAAAAGACACUUUUUGGAGAGGGUAUUCGAGGCCUUUACCGAGGAAUGGCUGCUCCUCUUGUGGGUGUCACGCCCAUGUUUGCUGUCUGCUUCUUUGGCUUUGGGUUGGGGAAGAGACUACAACAGAAGCACCCAGAUGAUGUAUUGAAUUAUCCCCAGCUGUUUGCAGCUGGGAUGUUAUCUGGUGUGUUCACAACAGGAAUCAUGACUCCUGGAGAAAGAAUAAAGUGUCUGUUACAGAUUCAGGCUUCUUCAGGAGAAACAAAAUACACUGGUGCUUGGGAUUGUAUCAAAAAACUGUAUCAUGAAGCUGGAAUAAGAGGCAUUUACAAAGGAACUGUGCUUACGCUCAUGCGAGAUGUUCCUGCCAGUGGGAUGUACUUCAUGACUUAUGAGUGGCUGAAAGAUCUCUUCACUCCAGAAGGCAAAAGUGUUAGUGAACUCAGUGCCCCUCGAAUCCUGGUGGCUGGAGGCUUUGCAGGAAUCUUCAACUGGGUUGUGGCUAUCCCUCCGGAUGUGCUGAAGUCCCGCUUCCAGACUGCUCCACCUGGAAAAUAUCCUAAUGGGUUUCGAGAUGUGCUGAGAGAGCUGAUCCGAGAAGAGGGUGUCGCAUCCCUGUAUAAAGGUUUUACUGCUGUAAUGAUCCGUGCCUUCCCAGCAAAUGCUGCCUGUUUCCUUGGCUUUGAAAUUGCCAUGAAGUUCCUUAAUUGGAUUGCACCUAAUAUAUGAAACUCAGAAAUCUUAAAUCCUCCAGACAAAGGGAGGAGGUGUACAGUGACAAGGAAAGGGGCAAGACUGAACUCAACUUGGCAAGAAUCUGCAUAUUGGUGGGGGGGAAGAGAAUGAAGAAGUAAGAAUGCUUAAUGAACUUUGUAUAACUUAUGCCUUAAAGACAUCCUUUGGCUGGUACAAUGUGGCCAUUUUGAAACUUGAAUUCAGUCUUGGUGAUUUAAGGAGAUUUCAUAAGGCUUUGGAGGUUGAAGUCAGUAGCUAGCCUCAAAACAGAAUCUAUUUUGCACUUAUGCCAUCCCUAGCCAACUUUUACAAACCUGCUAUGUAGGACAUCUUCCUCAGUUCCGGAAGGGCCGUGAAUCACUAACAGUACCAGAGACCUAUUUUUAAUACCAACUAACCUUCAGUUGAGAGACUGUUCAAACACUAGUUGAUGAACACAAUUCUCAGGACACCUUUUAACCUUCGGUUGUACAUGUUGAAAUGUGACAGUAGUUUACUGUCUCCAUUUGUGCUGUCUUUGGAUGUAUAUUUAAGAGCAUAUUGCUAGCUUGUCAACACUGGGGUUUUAAUUUUGUGUGUCAUUAAUCGAGAAGUGGAAUAAAAUAGCCUAAUUCUGGUAGGAUUGUGUGGGAAAGUGUCCUCUUUCCCAACCAACUCCCACCCUAUAACUAGGACAAUUUUGAAUCAACAAUCGAGUCAUGGAAUUGGUGAGGAUAAAUUGAGUGUGUGGGAGAACUCCUUCUACACACUUUCCUCUGUGGUGAGGGGAUCCUCUUUUAUCAGGAAAUAAUAAAUACCUUUUUUUUUUCUCUGA